AUGUCAGGAAUAAUUCAGUUCAAGGAAGAAAUCUCGAAGCGUUUCAAGACUCACACUGAUCAGCUUGUGUUGAUAUUUGCUGGAAAAAUUUUAAAAGAUCAAGAUACUUUGACUCAGCAUGGAAUUCACGAUGGACUCACUGUUCAUCUGGUCAUCAAAACACAAAACAGAUCACAAGAUCACACAGCUCAACAAGCAGACAGCACUGGGAGUACUGCCACCACAUCAACAUCAAGCAGUAGUACCUCAACACCACCUUCAACAAAUAGUAACCCUUUUGGCUUGGGUGACCCUGGAGGUUUGUCAGGUCUGAGUAGCCUGGGCUUAAGUACAUCAAACUUCUCAGAGUUGCAAACUCAAAUGCAACGGCAACUUAUGUCCAACCCAGAAAUGAUGGUUCAGAUAAUGGAGAAUCCAUUUGUUCAGAGCAUGCUUUCAAAUCCUGACCUGAUGAGGCAGUUAAUUAUGGCUAACCCUCAAAUGCAGCAACUGAUACAGAGAAAUCCAGAAAUCAGUCACAUGCUGAAUAAUCCAGAUAUAAUGAGACAGACACUAGAGCUGGCUAGAAACCCGGCGAUGAUGCAGGAGAUGAUGCGGAACCAGGACCGAGCCCUGAGCAACCUGGAAAGCAUCCCGGGCGGGUACAACGCCUUGCGGCGCAUGUACACCGACAUCCAGGAGCCCAUGCUGAACGCGGCACAGGAGCAGUUUGGAGGUAACCCAUUCGCUUCUUUAGUAAGCAAUGCAUCAACAGGAGGGGACAAUCAGCCAUCUCGUACUGAAAACAGAGAUCCUCUACCAAAUCCCUGGGCUCCUCAGCCCAACUUGCAGACUUCCACAACAAGUACCAGCACCGGUGGUGACAGCGGUGGCAGUAAUAGUGCUGGGAGUAGCACCUCUGGCAGCGUGGGACAGAGCUCAGCUGUACCAAAUCUGGGACCUGGACUAGGAGCUGGUAUGUUCAACACACCAGGAAUGCAGAGCUUGCUACAGCAGAUAACAGAAAACCCACAACUUAUGCAGAAUAUGUUGUCUGCACCCUACAUGAGAAGCAUGAUGCAGUCAUUAAGCCAGAAUCCGGACCUUGCAGUACAGAUGAUGUUGAAUAAUCCUUUGUUUGCUGGAAAUCCUCAUCUUCAGGAACAAAUGAGACAGCAACUUCCAACUUUCCUUCAGCAAAUGCAGAAUCCUGACACAUUAUCAGCUAUGUCCAACCCUAGAGCAAUGCAGGCCUUGCUACAGAUCCAGCAGGGCUUGCAGACACUAGCAGCAGAAGCACCAGGCCUUAUACCAGGAUUUAAUGCGGGUUUAGGUGGAUUGGGAAGCACGGGAGCUCCUACAGGGCCUGCUGUACCUGGUUCUGUUCCCAGUGAAAAUACAAGUCCAGUAUCAGGGACUGCUGAGCUUGGUUACCAGCAGUUUGUGCAGCAUAUGUUGCAGGCACUUGCUGAUGCAAAUGCUCAGCAGUUACAAAAUCCAGAAGUUAGAUUUCAGCAGCAGCUGGAGCAGCUGAGUGCGAUGGGCUUUCUCAACCGGGAAGCAAACUUACAAGCGCUAAUAGCAACAGGAGGAGACAUCAACGCAGCUAUUGAAAGGCUGCUCGGCUCUCAGCCUUCAUAGCAGUUUCUUUAACUUGAAAAAAAUGUAAUUUAUUUUUGAUAACGGCUCUUAAAUCUUUAAAAUAUUUGCUUUAUUUCAUUCUGACUCUGGGGAUUGUCUUGUUACAACUAAAAUUGGUCUGAUAUGUUUUAAGGUGGAGUGCAGUAGUUUUCUUCAAACAGUGGGAAUCAAUGCAUUUUUACUUUGUUGCAUGCAUCACACUUUUGUUCUGCAUCAUUUGUGAUUUCUUUUUUUUUAAACGAUGUCAGCUUUCACAGUUGGGUGAACAGGUUUUGUCUGACCUCCAACUGUCCAAUUUAUUUACUACUUUAACAUUAGCUUUCCACAGUAAUUUAUGUAGAAUACAAAUUUAAAAGAAAAAAAUUGAAGCUA